AUGUCCCAACAAACCGUUUACCUUGUUACUGGUGCCAAUCGUGGAAUUGGAUUACAAAUUGUUACCCAAUUAGCUGCCAAUCCGUCCAACACUGUAUACGGUACUGCUCGCAAUCUCGCAGGUGCGGCUGAUCUCAAGGCUUUGGCAUCGAAACACUCCAACUUCAAACCCUUGGAGGCUGAUGUUGUCAAGCCCGAGACACUCAAGAAGGCAGCCGCUGUUGUAGCUAAUGAGAGCGGACAUAUAGAUGUUCUAUUGGCCAAUGCUGGUGUCGGUGACAGUGUGUCUCAAGUGAAGGACCUUAGCAAGGAUGCUCUCAGCUACCACUGGGAAGUCAAUACCUGGGGUUCUGUUUCGACCUAUCAGGCUUUCCGUACGUUACUCUUGACAUCCAAGCAGAAGAAGUUGGUAUUUGUCUCUACACUUCUUGGAUCCGUUAAUGAUUAUCUCCCUAUUCCAACCACAGCAUAUGGAGCUUCUAAGGCCAGUCUCAAUUACUUAGUCAGAGCUAUUGCUUCCGAAUCGAAAGAGGAGGGCCUUAUUGUUCUCUCCAUUCACCCGGGUCUCGUGGCCACUGAUAUGUCUGCAGCUAUAGAUGAGAAAGUUAAUUUCGCAAAGCUUGGCAUCUCAACUAUAACACCAAAGGAAAGUGCAGAGGGAAUUAUUGCACAGGUGGAGAAGUUGACCGAAACCGAUCAGUUUCUUGAUUACACCGGAGCUGUUCAUCAGUGGUAA